AUGAUCGUUGUGGCAGGCAGUAAGCUUGGGGGCAAGCAAGCGCUGCUGAGCCUGUGCCUCGCGAGUUCACUUGUACCUGCAGCGGCUGCAGGACAGGCUGCCAACGAAGAUAAGCCGAGAGAGAGAGAACAUUGCACGAUCGCCACUAACGUCCAAUGCUUUUGCACCAACUGCUCCUACCUGAGCACCAACUGCUGCUACCUGAGCACCAACUGCUGCUACCUGAGCACCAACUGCUGCUACCUGAGCAUCAACUGCUGCUACCUGAGCAUCAACUGCUGCUACCUGAGCAUCAACUGCUGCUACCUGAGCAUCAACUGCUGCUACCUGAGCACCAACUGCUGCUACCUGAGCACCAACUGCUGCUACCUGAGCAUCAACUGCUCCUACCUGAGUUUCAACUGCUCCUACCUGAGCAUCAACUGCUGCUACCUGAGCAUCAACUGCUCCUACCUGAGAUUCAACUGCUCCUACCUGAGCAUCAACUGCUCCUACCCGAGUUUCAACUGCUCCUACCUGAGCAUCAGCCGAGAUAUGGGAACUGGACAGCUCAAACAUUUUUGUAACAAGUGUUGCAGAAAAAUGGCGCUGUGGGGUGUAGAAGGUUUAUGGCAGAUCUCGUGGAGUUCAAGCUACGCAGCGAUCGAACUCUUCAACAGAGACGAGGCUGAAGUUAGAUUUUACUGGGACCUCUGCAUGCUGCUGCUGCUGGUCGCCAACCUCAUCAUCCUGCCUGUGGCCAUCUCCUUCUUCAACGAUGACCUCUCCACCAGAUGGAUCGCCUUCAACUGCCUCUCAGACACCAUCUUCUUGAUAGAUAUCGUCGUCAACUUUAGGACAGGAAUUAUGCAGCAGGACAAUUCAGAGCAAGUUAUUCUGGACCCUAAACUGAUCGCCCGGUACUACCUCAAGACUUGGUUCUUCUUGGACCUCAUCUCCUCGGUGCCGCUGGACUACAUCUUCCUCAUCAUCAACCAGUAUCGGAAAGACGCCGAGGAUGUGAACGAGGGCUUCCAGAUUUUGCACGCUGGCCGGGCGUUGCGGAUCCUACGUCUGGCCAAGUUGCUGUCGCUGGUGCGGCUGCUGCGGUUGUCGCGGCUAGUGCGCUACGUGUCACAGUGGGAGGAGGUCUAUGUAAGCAGCUUUUUGAACAUGGCCUCAGUGUUCAUGAGGAUCUUCAACCUCAUCUCAAUGAUGUUGCUGAUCGGCCACUGGAGCGGGUGCCUCCAGUUCCUGGUGCCCAUGCUGCAAGGCUUCCCUCCGAAGUCGUGGGUCGCUAUCAACGAACUUGAGAACGCCUACUGGCUGGAGCAAUAUUCGUGGGCGUUCUUCAAAGCUAUGUCCCACAUGUUAUGUAUUGGUUAUGGUCGCUUUCCACCGCAUAAUUUGACGGACCUCUGGCUAACGAUGAUAUCCAUGGUAUCGGGAGCCACCUGCUACGCCAUGUUCAUUGGUCAUGCGACCAACCUAAUUCAGUCCCUGGACUCGUCCCGUCGCCAGUACCGAGAAAGGCUGAAGCAAGUGGAGGAGUACAUGGCGUAUCGAAAGCUGCCUCGGGAGCUGCGCAGUCGCAUCACCGAGUAUUUCGAGCACCGAUAUCAGGGGAAGUUCUUCGACGAGGAGAUGAUACUCGGAGAACUGUCCGAGAAGCUCAGAGAAGACGUAAUCAAUUUCAACUGCCGGUCACUAGUGGCAUCCGUACCAUUUUUUGCAAAUGCAGAUCAUGGCUUCGUCUCAGAAGUGGUCACCAAACUUAAAUACGAAGUCUUCCUGCCAGGCGACAUCAUCAUUAAGGAGGGAACUAUUGGCCACAAGAUGUUUUUCAUUCAAGAAGGCAUUGUUGAUAUAGUCAUGUCAAAUGGUGAAGUGGCAACUUCCCUCAGCGAUGGUUCGUAUUUCGGCGAGAUUUGUCUCCUUACGAACGCUCGACGAACGGCCUCUGUUCGAGCUGAAACUUACUGCAAUCUCUUCAGCCUGAGCGUUGAGCACUUCAACAGUGUUCUCGACUCGUAUCCUCUCAUGAGACAAACCAUGGAGAGCGUGGCUGCCGAGAGAUUGAACAAAAUUGGUAAGAACCCGUCAAUCGUGAGCAACCGCGACGAGAUGACGAAUGACGGCAAGACCGUGAAUGCCAUCGUGACUGCCCUCGCGUCAGUGGCGGCCACCGAACAGUGCGAAGACAACAGCAGUUCCGACGAGUCCGUCAACCACCAGAGGCAUCAAAAUAUGCUGGAUCUUGGCUCAAUAGGAAAGGCGUUGGCGAAGGGUCACUUACCAAGACCAAGGAGUGACAACAACUUUGCCCUCACUUUCGCCCAAGAUUGCCCUCCCUUAAAUAGGAAUCGUCCUUCUUUCCACAAAUCCGACACGUUCAAUAAAAACCCUUCAUUUCAAUAGCAGGUGGCUCCCGCCCAUGCCCUGCUCUUGCUCGGGGCUACGGCGGAUUUGUUUUGUUCUCUAGUCAAGCCUGAAGU